AUGGCUCUGGCACCCGGAGCUAGCACCGACACCGAGAGCUGGCUCCGACACCGAGAGCUGGCUCCGACACUUGACAUCGGCACCAGCACCGAGAGCUGCACUGACACCGGCACCGAGAGCUGGCACUGGAGCGGGGAGCGCCGUGCCCAGAGCGGCUCGCUGCCUGCGCGGGGCCGGGGCAGCGGGGCCGGGCCGGGCAGCAGCCGUGUGGGAGCCGGGACGCGCACAGGGGCUGAGUGCGAGCUGACGGGAGAGAGAUGCCGUGUGUGGCCAUUGACGCGUGUGUACAACGCGUGCGGCUGGGGAGCGCGGCCAGCAGCGCUCGCAUCCCCACACUGGGCCUGCCUGGACAGCCUGGCGAGCCCUGGGCUCACUCCUCCCGACCUGCACGCAGCUGCCCAGGCGUGCGCCAUCCCUUGUGCGAGCGACAAACACGGAGACAAACGGAGCGCGCCGUCACCGAGCGGCACCGGAGCCGGCCCGCUGGGCGGGAGAGGGGCUCGGGAGCAGCGGGCUCCACCGAGCGGCACCGGAGCCGGCCCGCUGGGCGGGAGAGGGGCUCGGGAGCAGCGGGCUCCGCGGGCAGAGCCGGGCGCGCCGGGGCGGUGCCGCAGCGCGGGGGGACGGCAGCACCGGCCCCGGGCCCGCCCCUUCCGCGCCGGCGGCGCCAUGGAGGCCGGGGCGGCGGCGGGCGCGGAGCCGGGCGAGGCGGAGGCGGCGGUGGCCGAGGCCGAGGCGGAGGCGGCGGCGGGCUCGGAGGCGGCGGCCGAGGCGGAGGCGGCGGUGGCGGCCGAGGCGCUGCGGCUGCUGCGGAUCGAGCCCUCGGCCGCGGGCGAUCCCAGCGCGGCGCGGGCGGGCGACUCGGCGGGGCUGCCGUGCUCGAGGAACGCGCUGCGGAAGCGGCGGCGCUGGCAGCGGGUUCUGGCCGCCCGGCGCGGGAAGCGGCGGCAGGAGCGGCAGCGCCGCCGGGCGCGGCGAGCGGCACCGGCCGGGGCCGGGGACGGGCCGGGAGCGGCGCUCGGCAGCGGCCCCGCCGGGCCCGGGCCGCCGUCCGUCCGCCGCGGGAGGGUCCCGGCUGCGCUGGCCACGGAGCGGCUGCUGGCGGCGAGGGCGGCGGGGCCGCGGCUCUGCGUGGACCUCGGCGUGGGCGGCAGCAUGAGCGAGAAGGAGAGCGGCCGGCUGGCGUCGCAGAUCCGGCGGCUCUACGGGGCGAACCGGCGCGCCGCUCGGCCCUUCUGGCUGUGCCUGACGGGGUUCGCGGCGGGCACGCCGAUCUACGAGCAGUGCUUCCGCAUGAACGACGGCUUCGCUGGCUACCUGAUGGAUACCACUCCAGAGAGUUACCUGGACCUGUUUCCUGUGGAGGCCAUUGUUUAUCUCACUCCUGACUCUGAGAACGUGCUUGAAGACAUCGAUCCCAGCAAGGUGUACGUGCUGGGAGGGCUGGUGGACGAGAGCAUCCACAAGCAGCUGACCCUGCGGAGGGCGCGGGAGCAGCGCCUGCAGACGGCCCGGCUGCCCAUCCGUGAGUACAUGGUGAGAGCCCCCAACUGCAGGAACUACCACUCCGAGACGCUGGCCAUCAACCAGGUGUUUGAUGUCCUGUCCACCUUCUACGAGACACGGAGCUGGCCAGCAGCUCUGAGGGCUGGAGUUUCCUCUGGGAAGGGCUACGUGCUAGCGGACACAGCAGACCAGGCGGAGACCCCUCAGGGAGCCACUGCUGCCCAAGCAAACUCUUUAUUUCGUGGUGAGGAGCUGCGCAGGCAGGAAGCACCAGCGUGACAGCUGCUCCCAGCAGUGUGACCACCUCGCUGGAGCAGCACCUUCUAGCUCGGGACCGCGGUGCUGGGCAUGGCCCGUGCCCGGGAGAGGAGAGCCUGGCAGAGCCUGGGAUCAAGGGAAAACUGGCAGCGAUGCAGCUUUGCUUCUCUGCAGCUCUGUGUUUGUGGCUCCUGCGCUUGUUCUGAGGCGGGGAGGAGAGCUUUGAGGCGUUCUCUUCAUUGAAACAGAGUAAGGCGAGGUCAGGAUUGCAAAGCUUUUGGGCAAGGGAGACACCUGCCGUGGGACAGGGCAGCGCUGCUCCCGCCGGGGAGUGCAGCACGGGGAGCAGCUCCCAAGGGCACCGUGUCCCAGCAGCCCAAACCCGCUGAAGACCCGGCGAGCUGCUGAAGCCUGCGGCUAGUUGUGCGUGUCUAAUAUAAAAUAAAAGGUUUAGAUCCCCA